AUGAAUGGCCUGGCAUCCUCCCCAAUGGGCACCAUGUAUGUGCGUGCACUCUACGACUACGACGCCGAUGAUCGCACCAGCUUGAGCUUCCGUCAAGGCGACAUCAUCCAGGUCAUCACUCAACUCGAGAGCGGCUGGUGGGAUGGCAUUAUUCGUGGCGUGCGAGGAUGGUUUCCUAGCAAUUACUGCGAGCUCAUUGUCCAGCCAGGCGAUGUUUCUGCUCAGCCUGUCCGCAUAUCGGAUCCGCAUACUCAUGCCCAGCCUCACGCACGCAAUCACCUUGACGAUGAUAGUCAGGAAGAGGCUGCAUUCUGGAUACCACAGGCCACGCCCGAUGGCCGCCUCUUCUACUUUAACACCUUGACCGGUGUCAGUACAAUGGAGUUGCCACUGGAGAACCCGACACAACACGCCGAACCAGGUCCUCAUGAUCGAUACCAUGUUCUCCAGCACGACCAGUCCCGUCCUCCGCCCGAGAUGCUUGCACGCGGUUACGAGCGUGCCGAGUCUGAAGCCGACUACGAAUCUGCGAGUGAAGCCGACAUGACGCGUUCGGGCACUUCUUUGCGAAAUCGGGGCUCGUACGUCUCAAACCCUCUCUCUCCUGCGACUUCGUCCGAGUCGCUCAGAAACACUUCUCCUCUCACCAGAUCACGCACCAAUGUCGCCGAUUCGUCCCACUCAAGCUACGCCAACCACUCCAACAUGUCCAACGGCACCGCUAUGACGUCCUUCAUCAACAGCCCCGCUACACCUGCACAAGAAAAAGAUCUGGUGAUUUCACGUCGUUGCUUCGAUGACUCUCAGACUGUUCUGCUUACCUGGAAUACUCUCGUCGAGGACAUGCGCCGAGCCGUCCAACGUUAUCGAGAGGCAAUCGACAACAGCAACAAGAGCGAGUUUGUAAAGAGAGCAGAGGAUAUUUCGGACCACCUUCGUCUUUUGCUUGCAGCAGGCUCCGGCACCACCGACAACCACUCUGGCAACCCUUCAAUCAUCUCGACCAACAAAGCCUUGUAUCCUCAUUUCAGAGAAAUGAUGUCGAGCUUCUCCAAGCUUGUUCUGUCCUCUCAUUUCGCGGCCGCAGACUUUACUACCCCGGACUCGUAUUCCAAGUGCUUGCAGGAGGCCGAAGGCUUGUUGCAUGGUGUUUAUGGUUAUGUUGAAGUCGCGCGCCAGCAGCGUGGUGAAGAGAUCCCGCGCCUUACGCCUGGCUUUGUGUCGGGUAUUCGUUCGGGUGGAAGUUGGCAGAACAAUGGUCUGGUUCUUGGUGAUCCAUCUGCCGCGUCACAGCCCUUCCUACAGCAGGACAUGGAUACAUUCAUCGAGCCUACUGCUCAUCUUGACCAGACUUUGCUGGAACGUAUGGACGACAUGAGAAAGAAUGUCUCCAUUAGCAUACGUCGUUUGGACAAGCAUCUCGCCUUUGAGGAUAAACUGGUCACGCCUAAGAAGCACAAGAAGGUCAGCCAGUUGAUUUCCGAAGAUGCUAGUCGAGUCAUUGAGGCAUGUCGACCAUAUUCCGCCGUUGUCGAGAAAUUGGUGGUCGCCUGUCAGACCGUGGCCAGUCCUUUGAGUGACGAGUGGUCUGAUAACAGAGGCAGUUCGCUCGAGGAGCGCAUAACUCAUGUCAAGCUUGUAGCACGUGAGCUCGACAAUUCCGCCAGCCAGUUGCAGUUCUCCCUUCAACUGCUCGCGGAGAUGAUGCCUCAGGAUUCAGCUGCCAUGCCGAGUGAAGACCAGCGCCACUCUGAAAACGCCUACUCUGAAGAGUCUCGCGGAGGAUCAACUUUGAGGGGUAAGCCCAAUGGCCUGGGUCCUGCAAAGAGCUUCGUGGAAGGUCCCGAGCCAACUGUUGAGACACCACGUCUUGCUGACAACUCGAAACUGAAGCGCUUCUUUGGCGAAGUGCCCGCGCCGAUACAACAACAAGAGGAUGUUCCAGACUUCCUCAAGCUCGAUCAUGAAGGUGAAAUUGCUUACGAUACCAAGGUGCAUCCUCCUCAACUGCGUGGUGGCACACUGACUGGUCUGGUUGAACAAUUGACGCGACACGAUCGCCUGGACUCGCCAUUCAACAACACAUUCUUACUGACAUAUCGAUCCUUCACGACUGCUAGUGAACUGUUUGAAAUCUUGGUCAAAAGAUGGAAUGUACAGCCUCCUUACGGUUUGAACCCUCUCGACCUCGAGACUUGGGUCAACAAGAAGCAAAAGCCUAUCAGAUUCCGUGUAGUCAACAUUCUGAAGAGUUGGUUCGACAAUUACUGGAUGGAGGAGAACAGUGAUACGAAUCAACAGCUCAUGCACAGAGUUUACUCGUUCGCAAAAGAAACGGUUGCAUCUGGCAGCACUCCAGGUUCCGGCCCUCUGAUGACAGCCAUCGAGCAGAGAAUGCGUGGACAAGAUGCCCCUGGCAAACGCUUGGUCUUGACACUGAAUUCUGAGAGAACACCUACACCGAUCAUCCCGAAGAAUAUCAGGAAGUUGAAGUUCCUUGAUAUCGAUGCUCUCGAAUUCGCUAGACAGCUCACUAUCAUCGAGUGCAGACUGUAUUGCAAGAUCAAGCCUACUGAAUGCUUGAACAAGACAUGGCAGAAGAAGCUCCAACCUAACGAGCCUGAUCCGGCUGCUAAUGUCAAGGCUUUGAUUCUGCACUCAAAUCAGCUCACCAACUGGGUUGCCCAGAUGAUUUUGACUCAAGCCGAUGUCAAGAGACGUGUGAUAGUCAUCAAACAUUUCGUGGCAGUUGCAGAUGAUGGUAUCCCUUCGGUCAUCAAGAAGACGAACCUCAUCAAUUUCGCCAAGCGUAGUAAGACUGCAGAGGUCAUUCGUGAUAUUCAACAAUAUCAAAACGUCCCCUAUCCUCUGCAGCCUGUUCCGGAGCUCCAAGAGUACAUUCUCACGAAUAUGCAAACGGCAGGCGAUGUGCAUGAGAUGUACGAUCGCAGCUUGGCAGUUGAACCCAGAGAGAGGGAAGAUGAAAAGAUUGCCCGACGAGCAUUACGCUGA